UCAUAAUCUCAUCACACUUCCCACAGUUCCACUUUCUCAUCCUCUCUCUAACUCACUUCCAUUCCCACUCUCCGAUGAGCAACAACGCCUCCAAGAAACGCCCUACGCCGGCGACGGCGCCACCGUCCCAACCCCCGCCUACAAGGCGGGCCUUCUCUCAGGAAGACGAGUUCGUCGACGAAGACGUGUUCCUGAACGAAACCCUAUUUUCCGAAGACGAAGAGUCCCUCAUCCUCCGUGACAUCGAGCAGCGCCAGGCCCUCGCCGCUCGUCUCUCCAAAUGGACCCGUCCUCCUCUCUCACCGGACUACAUCUCGCAAUCUCGUAGCGUCCUUUUCCAGCAAUUGGAGAUUGAUUAUGUGAUUGGAGAGACUCAUAGAGAAUUGUUGCCGAACUCGUCUGGACCUGCUGCCAUUAUUAGAAUAUUUGGAGUUACAAAGGAAGGACACAGUGUUUGCUGUAAUGUUCAUGGGUUUGAGCCAUAUUUUUACAUAAGCUGCCCUCCUGGAAUGCGUCCAGAUGAUAUCUCCCGUCUUCAUCAAAAUCUUGAGGCAAGGAUGAGAGAAGCCAAUAGAAAUAAUAAUGUGGGAAAAUUCGUUCGCCGUAUCGAAAUGGUCCAGAGAAGGAGUAUUAUGUACUAUCAACAGUUGGAUUGCCAACCCUUUCUCAAAAUUGUUGUUGCACUCCCUACAAUGGUGGCCAGCUGCCGUGGUAUUCUUGAUAGAGGUAUUCAGCUUGAUGGUCUGGGCAUGAAAAGCUUCAUGACUUAUGAAAGCAAUGUACUCUUUGCCCUUCGUUUCAUGAUUGAUUGCAACGUAGUUGGUGGAAAUUGGAUUGAAAUUCCUGCUGGAAAAUAUAAGAAGGCAAAGAAAGCCUUGUCUCACUGCCAAUUAGAGUUUGAUUGCUUGUUUUCCGAAUUGAUCAGUCAUGCUCCAGAAGGUGAAUAUUCAAAGAUGGCUCCAUUUCGUAUUUUGAGUUUUGAUAUUGAGUGUGCUGGUCGUAAAGGUCAUUUUCCCGAGCCUACCCAUGAUCCUGUUAUCCAGAUAGCUAAUCUGGUUACUUUACAAGGAGAAGACCAACCUUUUAUUCGUAAUGUUAUGACCCUUAAGUCAUGUUCUCCUAUUGUCGGUGUUGAUGUGAUGUCAUUUGAUACUGAAAGUGAAGUCCUGUUAGCUUGGAGGGAUUUUAUCCGUGAAGUGGAUCCUGAUAUUAUUAUUGGAUAUAACAUAUGCAAAUUUGACUUGCCAUAUCUUAUUGAGAGAGCUGCCACCUUGAAAAUAGCAGAAUUCCCAAUUUUGGGCCGUAUCAGGAACAGUAGAGUUCGAGUAAAAGAUACAACUUUCUCAUCAAGGCAGUUAGGGACCAGGGAAAGUAAAGAAGUAACAGUUGAAGGGAGAGUGCAGUUUGAUUUGCUCCAGGUUAUGCAAAGAGACUAUAAAUUAAGUUCUUAUUCAUUGAAUUCUGUCUCGGCUCACUUCCUUUCUGAGCAGAAAGAAGAUGUUCAUCAUUCAAUUAUAUCUGAUCUUCAAAAUGGAAAUGCAGAAACUAGGAGGCGCCUCGCUGUGUAUUGUUUGAAGGAUGCAUAUCUACCCCAGAGACUUUUGGAUAAGUUGAUGUUCAUUUACAAUUAUGUUGAGAUGGCUCGAGUUACUGGUGUACCAAUUUCUUUUCUACUUUCUAGGGGCCAAAGUAUUAAGGUACUUUCUCAACUUCUUAGGAAGGCAAAACAGAGAAAUAUGGUGAUUCCUAACGUCAAACAGGCAGGGUCAGGGUCAGAACAAGGAACAUUUGAAGGUGCCACUGUAUUGGAGCCACAGGCUGGAUUUUAUGAAAAGCCAAUUGCUACUUUAGAUUUUGCAUCCUUGUAUCCGUCCAUUAUGAUGGCCUACAACUUAUGUUAUUGCACUCUGGUGACCCCGGAAGAUGCUCGAAAGCUCAACAUUCCUCCUGAGUCAGUGAACAAAACUCCAUCUGGUGAAACAUUUGUUAAGUCAAAUUUACAAAAGGGCAUACUUCCUGAAAUACUCGAAGAGCUAUUAGCAGCCCGUAAAAGGGCAAAAGCAGACUUAAAGGAGGCAAAGGAUCCCCUUGAGAAGGCUGUGCUAGAUGGUAGACAGCUAGCCCUGAAGAUUAGUGCAAAUUCUGUAUAUGGGUUUACAGGAGCUACUAUUGGUCAGUUGCCAUGCUUAGAGAUAUCGUCAAGUGUAACUAGCUAUGGUCGGCAAAUGAUCGAGCACACUAAAAAACUUGUGGAAGAUAAAUUUACAAUGCUGAAUGGUUAUGGACACACUGCUGAGGUAAUAUAUGGAGACACAGAUUCAGUCAUGGUACAGUUUGGUGUUUCUUCUGUAGAAGAGGCUAUGAAAUUGGGGAGAGAAGCUGCUGAAUAUAUUAGUGGAACUUUCAUACAACCCAUCAAACUAGAAUUUGAGAAGGUUUACUUUCCAUAUCUCCUGAUUAGCAAGAAGAGAUAUGCUGGUUUGUUUUGGACAAAACCGGACAAAUUUGACAAAAUGGACGCUAAAGGUAUUGAAACAGUUCGAAGAGACAAUUGCUUAUUGGUCAAGAACCUGGUUAACGAUUGCCUUCACAAAAUACUCAUUGACAGGGAUAUUCCUGGGGCAGUCCAGUAUGUCAAGAAUGCGAUUUCAGAUCUUCUCAUGAACCGUAUGGAUUUAUCACUUCUGGUUAUUACAAAGGGUUUGACAAAGACUGGUGAUGAUUAUGAAGUGAAGGCAGCUCAUGUUGAACUUGCUGAAAGGAUGCGCAAGAGAGAUGCCGCAACUGCUCCAAAUGUUGGAGAUAGGGUACCUUAUGUUAUUAUUAAAGCUGCAAAAGGUGCUAAGAACUAUGAGAAAUCAGAAGAUCCCAUCUUUGUCCUAGAGAACAACAUUCCAAUAGAUCCUCAUUACUAUCUUGAGAAUCAAAUUAGCAAGCCAAUUCUGAGAAUAUUUGAGCCAAUUCUGAAGAAUGCUAGCAAUGAACUUCUCCAUGGAAGCCACACAAGAUCUAUUUCUAUUUCUACUCCGACAAACGGUGGUAUAAUGAAAUUUGCUAAGAAACAACUUACUUGCAUUGGUUGCAAAGCUUUACUUAGCAAUGGAAACCACACUCUCUGCUCACAUUGCAAAGGAAGGGAACCUGAACUAUACUGUAAAACAGUAGCUCAAGUGUCUGACCUAGAGAUGCUUUUUGGGAGGUUGUGGACACAAUGUCAGGAGUGCCAAGGUUCACUUCAUCAAGAUGUUCUAUGCACAAGUCGGGAUUGUCCCAUUUUUUAUCGACGUAAAAAAGCGCAGAAAGAUAUGGCUGAAGCAAGGUUGCAAUUGGACAGAUGGAACUUCUAGAUUUUGUCACAGAUAUGGAACUUCUACAUUUUGGAGAGAAAGUACAUAUAGCAGAAGGUGUGUUUUCUGCAUAGGGUAGUUUAGUUAUGAUUUUGCUUGAUCAUGUAGUGCAGGAUGUGACCUCGUGAUUCUGGGAAGGCGACAGUAGCUACUAAUGUCACCACAAGAGUACUUACAUUUUGAUAAAUAGAAAGACUCUGUGAACUUAAGUGUGCUCUCUAAUGGAUAUUGACAUCAGAUUGGUUCUCAAAUUAUCUUUUUUAAUUAUUGGAUGAAAGUAAAUUUGUUCCUGUAAGCAGUAGUUACGAUUAUUUUGAUGUUAAAAAAUUGAUGAGGAUUUGGUUGAUGAAAAAAAAUGAAUAUCAAAAGAGUUAAUGGGGGUGCUUUUA